AUGGCAAGAGGAUACCAUCCCGACCCCCCGCCGCCCCAAGAUGACUCCAAGCUGCCCCCGCCCAUGACCCUUGAACGGCCGCCCGAGUGCGUCAACCGGAACAGCACUCCGGCAUUCUAUGUCGUCGUCUCUGCCUUGGAAUCUAUCCGCAAGCAGAAACAGCACGACAAGCAUCAGACACUGGUGAGGCUCUUCGCCCUUUGGCGCCAGAACGUGGGCAACGAUCUGUACCCUCUAAUCAGACUAUUGAUUCCUGAUAAAGAUAGGGAGCGCCCCAAUUACAAUCUCAAAGAAGCGGCACUUGCGAAUGCUUAUAUCGAGGCACUUGGCUUGGAGAAACAUUCCGAGGCUGGAGACAGCAUGAUACAUUGGAAACAACCAAAGCUAACAGGGGGGCGUCAGGACUCGAGUGGAGAUUUCGCAAGAGUAUGCUUCAAAGUAAUCGAACCUCGGUGUGUUGUGGAAAACGGCCAAUGGUCCGUAGAGGCCAUCAACCACACACUGGACGAGCUCACAAAAAGUAAAGCCGACAAGAAAGACAAGAGUCGUAUUUUGAGACAAGUCAACACUUACUGUACGGCACUGGAGCAAGAAUGGUUGAUCCGCAUCAUCCUAAAAGAUCUCAAAAUAUCUAUCAGAGAGAAGGGUAUCCUCCAAGCUUUCCAUCCUGAUGCUAUGCAGCUGUACGACAAGUGUUCGGACCUCAAACGUGUCUGCUGGGAGUUGUGGGACCCCGAGAGGCGUCUCAAUACCAACGAUAUCCAACUCGAGCUCUUCAACCCAUUUCGUCCCCAGCUAUGUGCGAUGGCCAAAGGUCACACACACGACAGUAUCGCCAAGCUGGUGGGUGCGCCGCACAAGGAGUUCAUCAUGGAAGAAAAACUGGAUGGAGAGAGGAUCCAGCUGCAUAUGAGAGGGAAUGGGGCACAGUGGUUCUACUGUUCGAGAAAAGCGAAAGAUUAUACUUAUCUCUACGGGGCACACCCUGGCCAGGGCAGUAUGACGAAGUACAUCUCCGACAUCUUCCAGGAUCAGGUCAGAAAUGUGAUUCUCGAUGGUGAGAUGAUGGUUUGGGACCCCAUGUUGGGCAAGUAUCUCGCGUUUGGAACGUUGAAAACGGCUGCUAGUAUGAACAACACCGACCCGAACGAACCUCGUCCUUGCUUCAAGGUCUUCGACAUCUUAUAUCUAAAUGACAACUGUCUUAUCGAUAAACGCCUUUCGGAACGGAAGCGACUAUUGCGAGGCGGUCGGAUAUUCAAAGAUAUCGAAAAGUAUACCGGAAGGUUUGAGUUGGUGGAGGAAAAGGUCGGAAAGACGGGCAAGGAUAUCACAUCGUAUCUGGAGAGGAUCAUGGAGACUCGUGGCGAAGGGAUCGUUGUCAAGAAACCCGAUUCAAAAUACUCGACCGGGUCAAGAGAUGUCGAUUGGGUCAAAGUCAAGCCAGAAUACUCUGACCAGAUGGGCGAGACAUUUGACCUCUUGGUUCUCGGAGGCUGGUGGGGUAAAGGCGGGCGGUCCGGGAAAGUGUCUUCACUGCUCUGUGGUCUGCGAGAACAAGAGGAGAUUGGAGAAGACGGAGAAAGACCGACUUUCCAGACUUUCUGCUCGAUCGGUACUGGCCUCAGGUAUAGUGACUACACUUGGACCAUGGACACUAGAGGACAAUACUUCAAACCCUUUGAUCGGAAGAACAUACCCCCGUGGAUGAAGAUGGGAAGCAUCGGGCUGGACGACAAACCCGAUGUCUACAUUGAGCCCGAACACUCGUUUGUAAUCAAGGUCAAAGCGUCAGAGAUCGUCCCAGCCGCUGGAGGCUAUGGUAUCGGUUACACCCUCAGAUUUCCUCGAGCUACUCACGUCUUUGGUGGAGACCUUGACAAGUUUAGAGAAUCCCGUGAAGAAAAGGUUGAACAUCGAGACAUGUGGCACUGCGUGAGCUCCUAUUCCGUUAAUGUGAGGUAUGGCGCUGAUAUAAGUUGUCUAAUGAACGGCCCAGUCAAGAAGUAUCAAGAAUCUCAAGGCCAAAACAAGAAACGAAAGGUCACCCGGCCAAAGAAGAACCCAUUCAUGGUCAGUGCCAUGGGUCAAGUCUUAUCCCAAGAUCGGGUCAAGGGAGAUCUCUUUGACGGGGUCACUUUCUUCAUCGCCAAGGGAACUCCUGCUCACCCGAAAGCGGAGCUUGAAGCUCUUGUGCACGAACACGGUGGUCUCUAUAGCCAAGGCCAGCUGCCCAACUUAUCUGCCAAGGUCAUUUCGCCCGAUGAGAAGAGCCCAUCGGUACGAGCUCAAAUCAGGAAGGGCGUUGAUGUGAUCAAGCCUGAGUGGCUAUUCCAGUGCAUCAAGAGAGACUACAUCCUUCCUCUGAUUAAAGAGUUCCUCGUCCAUGCGUCCGCAGAAAGCAAGGCGAGCAGAUAUUACAACCGGACGCUUGAACACCUACAGGCCAUCUCUGAUGACGAAGAGGAAGAAGAAGAGGAGGAGGAGAAUGUUGCCGAACCCUUGAAUGAAGUGGCGGAGGAGGAGGAGGACGAUGCCGCUCGUGAGAUGAAGUACAAGAAGAAGAAGGCUGAUAGAGAGGAGAGAGAGGAGCAGGAGCAGAGGGAGAAACGAAAGACAGCUGAGCAGAGAAAGUUGGAAGCAGACUGGGGUAUGAGAGACGUACCCAAGCCGGGUAGCGACUCUAGCGAUGAGGAAGAUAAUCGGGGCAAGUACGAUGAAGAUGAAGACACCGAAGAUGAGUAUGGAGGAAGAGAGCUUGACGGUGAUGAAGACGACAAGGCCGCCGACAGUCAUGAUUCUGACGGAGAAGAAAACGGACAGGACGAGUUCCGUACAAUGCCGGUCGGGCCACAGGACGUGCAAGGUGUAGCCACAAUGGGUGACGAAUCUGAUGCCAUGAAGUAUGACGAAGAGAAGAUCUUCCGACACCUCGCCUUCUACCUUGACACCUCUGAAAAUGCGGAGUUGAAUGGCCUUGCCCCAUCGUCCCCUACAACCUCUAUCAAGGAGAGGUAUGUCGCCCGAGUGGAGAAGCUACUUCAAGAUGGCGGGGGGCGUAUCACGACUGACCUUCAUGAUCCGAAACUUACACAUAUCGUCAUGGACGAAGAUGACAACGGCAGAUAUGAGGAGCUUACGAAGAAAACUUCUAAGCCCAAAAUGAAACACAUAGUCUUGCCUAGCUGGGUUGAAGAUUGUGCAAGUGAAGAGACACUGUUGCACGAGGAUAUCCACAAGCCCAAAUAA